AUAGCAGAUAUACCACGCAAUAUGUCGGCCCCUCCCCCCCCUCCCUCGCAAACUUCUUUAUCUAGGGUUUUAACCCGCCCCAUCAGUACUCCGGAUUCCAACCGGAGCUCCGUCACCGGGUCGAGCUUUACACCGGCAAUGUCUCCGGCGUCCGAUAGCUCCCAAUCGGAUUUCCAAAUCCAACCUGAUCUUCCGAUUGUUUCCUCUGAAGAUGCAACUGUGGAACCCGAUGAAGUAUUAUCAGUUAUUGAUUCUUUGAAGAGAAAAAUUGCUUCUGAACGUGCUGAUUAUAUAAAGAAAAGGGUAGAAGGGAAUACACAAAAGUUGGAGAAUCUGACGAAGGAUCUUUAUAAUUUGGCAACAGAGAGAAAAUGUCUUGAAAUUUUUGAUGCUGAUAGAAGAGUUGAUCUACUAUUAAAAAGGCAAAAGGAUGCAAUUGAUAUGCAAAAUGGCAUUGAUGCCAAUAAUGGAGAUGAUGAUAGCAAUAGCUCUGAAGAUGAUGGAUAUGCCACUUCUGCAAUUCUUUUAGGAUCAAGUAUUGCAGUCAAGAAUGCCGUACGUCCCAUUAAACUUCCAGAAGUAAAAAGAAUCCCUCCAUAUACUACGUGGAUAUUUUUGGAUAGAAAUCAGAGAAUGACGGAGGAUCAAUCUGUGGUUGGUCGUAGAAGAAUUUAUUAUGACCAGAAUGGUGGGGAAACUUUAAUUUGUAGUGAUAGUGACGAAGAAGUACUUGAAGAAGAAGAAGAAAAGAAGGUGUUUGCUGAGUCCGAAGAUUAUAUGCUACGAAUGACAAUCAAAAAAGUCGGCAUGUCGGAUGUUGUGUUGGAUUUGCUAGGACAGUGCUUGUGUAGAAAACCUAGUGAAGUGAAGGCAAGAUAUGAAGGUCUUGUUAAGGAAGAUAAUGCAGGCACUUCAAAGAAUGAGAACAUGGAAAGUUCUUUAGAUUUAUAUCUUGCCAAAGAUCUUGAUGCUGCUUUGGAUUCUUUUGAUAAUCUAUUUUGUCGUCGAUGUCUUGUCUUUGAUUGUAGAUUACAUGGAUGUUCACAGGAUCUUAUUUUUCCUGCUGAAAAACAAUUACCAUGGUACUGCUCCAAUGCAGAUGUGGAGCCCUGUGGACCAAAUUGCUUCAGCCUGGCCAAAAAGUUCGAAAGUAAUGCUACAGUAAUCUCUCCUCAGUGCGCUAGUCAUGGAGAAAAAUCUGUCCUGCCAUCUGAUGUUGCUAAUAAUACUCAGAUGCCAGCUAGGAAGCAUGUAUCUAGAAGAUCAAAGUCUUCAAAAGGUGAAGGUGCCCCGAAUGCAAAAAACAUCUCCGAGAGCAGUGAUUCAGAUAUUAGACCCAUAAAUGAUGUCACUUCUAAUGAGCUUUCUUCAUCUCCAUCAAAAAGCAAAUCUGACAGUAAAGAUGGAAGCAACAAAAGGAACAGUAAGCGAAUAGCUGAACAUGUUCUAGUUGCCAUUAAGAAAAGACAGAAGAAAAUGGCAGUAUUAGAAUCUGACUCAGCUGCAGGUGAAAGUUUAGGUUUCAAAGAUUUGAAUCUCCUCUCUAUUUCAAAGGAAAAUGAAGAUGCAAGUCCAUCUUCACAAAAAGCACCAUGUCAUAGUGCUAAAAGGUCUAGGAGGAAAAACUCUCCGGUUUUGGACAGUAAAAAUUCUUCACAAGGCAAUGCUUUUGAUCGCCAAUUGAUGGAAGAACAAGAUAUAGAUGGUACUAAAUCUUGGAGACCCAUUGAAAAGGCUCUCUUUGAAAAGGGUCUAGAGAUGUUUGGUCGAAGCAGCUGUUUGAUUGCUCGAAAUCUCAUGAAUGGUUUGAAGACAUGCUGGGAGGUUUUCCAGUAUAUGAACACUUCUGGGAAUAAGCUAUUCUCAGGAGCAGGUGAUGGGAUGGAUGACAUUCUUGAAGGUGGUUCCAACGGUGAUGGUCAGGAAAUCAUGGGUAAUGAACCUCGAAGAAGAUCCAGAUUUUUACGUCGAAGAGGCAGAGUUCGCCGAUUAAAAUACACGUGGAAAUCCGCUGGAUACCAUGCAAUUAGGAAACGGAUUUCUGAGAGGAAGGAUCAACCCUGUCGGCAGUUUAAUCCAUGUGGCUGUCAAGGCCCUUGUGGAAAGGAGUGUCCCUGCAUUGUAAAUGGGACGUGCUGUGAAAAAUAUUGUGGAUGCCCAAAGAGUUGCAAGAACAGGUUUCGUGGUUGUCAUUGUGCCAAAAGUCAGUGUAGGAGCCGUCAAUGCCCUUGCUUUGCUGCUGGCAGGGAAUGUGAUCCUGAUGUUUGUCGAAAUUGUUGGAUCAGUUGUGGUGAUGGUACGCUUGGGGUUCCUCCGCAAAGAGGUGAUAGUCAUGAAUGCAGGAAUAUGAAACUGCUUCUCAAACAGCAACAAAGGGUUCUUCUUGGAAGAUCUGAUGUUUCUGGCUGGGGAGCUUUCUUGAAGAAUACUGUUGGAAAGCAUGAAUACCUUGGGGAGUACACAGGUGAAUUAAUUUCACACCGGGAAGCUGACAAGCGUGGCAAGAUUUAUGAUCGUGAAAAUUCUUCAUUCCUCUUCAAUCUUAAUGAUCAGUUUGUGCUUGAUGCACAUCGGAAGGGUGAUAAACUAAAAUUUGCGAACCAUUCUCCUGUUCCAAAUUGCUAUGCUAAGGUCAUGAUGGUGGCUGGAGAUCACAGAGUUGGUAUCUUUGCCAAUGAAAGAAUUUGCGCGGGAGAGGAACUCUUUUAUGAUUAUCGUUAUGAGCCAGACAGUGCACCUGCCUGGGCGAGGAAGCCCGAGGCAUCGGGUACUAGGAAAGAGGAUGCUGCUCCUUCAAGUGGUCGUGCUAGGAAGCAUACAUAAUUGAGCAUCCAUUUAACUGAUUUUUUGAUCCGUUAAUUAUCAUUCUUUUUUCCAGUAAUUCAUCUGUUGAUGACCAUCAGAUGGAACUUCUAAUUAUUUUAUUCCUGGAGAGGCCAUUGCAAUCUCUCCAUGGUGAUUGAUUAUAGACUUUUUUGUUCUGGACUUGGCCAUUCUCAGCUUUAAGUAUACUUGAGCGGGAAAAUGAUUACAGGCUUAGUAGCUUCAUUAAACAUUGUUUUCCAUGUAACAGAAUAUGCACAUUGAUCAAUUGCUUCAUUAAACAUUGUUUUCCAUGUAA